AUGACGCAGAAGCUCAUACAGCUCUUGGUAGCUUCUCUCCCUAUCAUUCUCACUUUAGUUCAAGCAAAAACCGAUAACCAAGAAGUCUCUGCGUUGAAUGUGAUGUUCACGAGCUUAAACUCGCCAUCGAAACUCAAAGGCUGGAAAUCUAGCGGAGGUGAUCCCUGCGACGGUUCUUGGGAAGGAGUCAAAUGCAAAGGCUCUUCGGUUACCGAAUUGCAGUUAUCAGGAUAUGAACUAAGUGGAACGCUGGGUUAUCUAUUAACAAACCUCAAAUCUCUCACAACUUUGAACGUAGAAGACAACCAGUUUGAAGGAUGGAUACCUAAUGAGCUUAAGGAAAUAGACAGUUUACUGACUGGAGGAAACGACUGGUCAACUGAAACUGCUCCACCGCCACCACCGGGUGUUAAAUACGGUAGAAAAUCCGGUUCCAACGGCGGAGGAGGUAUGACCUCCGUGAACGGAGUGAUGAUCGCCGUAGCAAGCGUAGGGGUUCUUCUGCUAAUAGCGGUUUUAAUCGGUCUUGUAUCUAAGAAAAAGUCAUCUCUAAAUCCUCAUUUCAUCGAUGAAGACUACAGUCAACACACUCCAAAGUUAAAAUCUCUAGCCUCUCAUGGAUCUGCUCAAGAGCUUCGCAUCGAUUUCGGAAACGAUUACAAAGGAGAUUCAGAUGAUGACCAUACGCAUGGGAUUGGAGCAAAGGGACUAAAGCAUUCGGUGUCGUCGCGUGUGAUGUCAUUCAACGAUACCGAAUUCGCGAACCGGCUCAACGCAAAACGAUCCAAUUCAACACGUUCCGCUGUGGAAUUCGAACUCUCUGAUCUUCAAAACGCAACAGCCAACUUCGCACCUGGAAAUCUACUCGGCGAAGGAUCAAUCGGACGUGUUUACAGAGCCAAGUAUCCCGAUGGACGCACUUUGGCGGUUAAGAAGAUCGAUUCGACGUUGUUUGAUUCGGGUAAAUCAGAAGGAAUAACACCGAUUGUAAUGAGCGUUUCGAAGAUUAGGCAUCAGAACAUAGCAGAGCUCGUAGGUUAUUGCUCAGAGUUAGGUCACAACAUGUUAAUCUACGAUUACUUCAGGAACGGUUCACUCCAUGAGUUCCUUCAUUUAUCAGACUGUUUCAGUAAACCUUUGACUUGGAACACAAGAGUCAGAAUCGCCUUAGGAUCCGCUCGAGCCAUCGAGUAUCUGCACGAAGCAUGUUCACCGCCUCUGAUGCAUAAGAACAUCAAGUCCUCUAACAUUUUGCUAGACGCAGAUCUCAACCCUCGUCUCUCAGAUUACGGCCUCUCAAAAUUCUAUCUUAGAACGAGUCAAAACCUAGGAGAAGGAUACAAUGCACCAGAAGCCAACAACCCUGAUGCGUAUACAUCAAAGAGUGAUGUCUACAGCUUCGGCGUCGUCAUGUUAGAGCUUCUAACCGGUCGAGUUCCAUUUGACGGAGAGAAGCCAAGGCCGGAGAGAUCAUUGGUGCGGUGGGCAACACCGCAGCUUCACGACAUAGAGGCGUUGUCGAAUAUAGCAGAUCCAGCUUUGCAUGGCCUCUACGAACCAAAGUCAUUGUCAAGAUUCGCCGACAUUAUCGCAUCAUGUGUUCAGGUGGAGCCCGAGUUCCGACCACCGAUGUCGGAAGUUGUGGAAGGACUUAAUCCGGAGGCCAUUAGCUUCCAUCUCACUAAGAACCUCAUAGACCUUGAUGAAGUUAGACUGCUGGCAUUAACACCUAAUAACCGUCGUGUAGCUGACCACAUAAGGACCAAGGCCAUGGCCUUUCAUCUCUUGGAUCGUCCAAAGAGCUUCCUCGACUCUAUUAGCCUUACACCAACCGUGAACGAACAUGUUAAACGCGUGAGCAUUCGAUCCACCUUAUCCAAAGUUCCUUUGUUGCAUCUGCAUUGCCGAGAGAUGGUACUUCCAAACAUUGCCAAGUUUCUCCAUGUCUUGAACAAACAGGAAACAGAUCCGCUUCACCCAGGAAUCAUCAGCAAGCCGGAUCCCUUGCGGUUUGUAGCUUCAAUGCCUAGCCAUAUGAAGAUCAGCUGGAACAUUAUGUCUUCAUAUUUGGUGUAG